AUGACUACUACCUCUGGCAAUACUAUUCCACAGCUGGAAACCCUGGAAGUCCCGAUUUCGCUUCUGCCUCUCAUUCUGUAUCGCUUCUCACGAGCAUUAUGCUGCAAGGAUACGUCGGAGCUAACAGCCUACUGCAUCCAAAACGUCUUCAUCCUCCUGGACCCAGUCCUGUUCGCCGCCUCAAUAUACAUGACCCUUGGCCGACUAAUCCGAAACUUUAACGCAGAGAAAUACUCCCUCAUCCGCAUAAACUGGCUCUCGGGGACUUUUAUGGCUAGUAACGUGAGUUCAUUCCUUGUUCCGGGAACUGGAGCGGAAUCACUGGCUGGAACGGCGAUGGGGAUUACCAUUGCCGGUCUUGUGAAUCAGGUUGUUCUGUUUGGGAUAUUUAUUCUCGUUUCGGUUAUUUUUGAGAAGCGGAUGACUCGGUAG